GAGAUGACUGGGGUGUCCAGGUCUUGUUCGGAACGGGCCCGACGCGAUCUUGAUGAUCGGCGGUAUGGGCGUCUGGGGGCGCUCGGGCGCUUCCGAGUAACGCGAGCUGAGACAUGCACUCACAGGCCUCCUCCGCCUCCGCCUCCUCCGCCGCCCAACACCCCUCCUCGCACUCUCCCCGCACUGCAUCACCGCCAUGACGGCCAUCCAGGCCAUCUACGUCCGCGGCUGGGAGGAGCGGCCAGAGCCCAAGGCCCACGUCGUGUACCGCAUCGAGAUCCAGGCCUCCGUCCGCUCCUGGCACAUGUGGCGGCGCUACUCCGAGUUCGCAGACCUCCACACCGAGCUCACAAAGUCGACCGGUGCGCCCCCGCCCGCAGAGAUCCCGCCCAAGCACCCCUUCUCGCUCUUCCGCACCCAGAACGCCGGCCAGCUCGAGGAGCGCCGCGCAGGCCUCGAGCACUACCUCCGCGCGAUCCUCAGCGUGAAGGACGACCGCUGGCGCGAGUCUUUUGCCUUCCGCGACUUCCUCGGCGUGCCGGUGGGCAAGCAGGGUAGCGGCGACGGCGCACCCGCGCAGUUCACGUCUUCGUCAUGGCUUGACGAGCAUACGGACCUUCAGGCGCGCGUGCGCGACGUCCGCGCGGACAUCAACCGGCGCGAUGCGCUCGCGGACCGAGGCGACGUUUCCGCCUCGCACCAGUCGAACGUGCAGGCGAAGAAGAAACUUGCAGGCAUCCUCACCCGGGUCGGUGUCCUUGACGAUGGACUGCGUGCGCUGGGCAUGAGCGGCAUGAGCGAGGGCGAGCUGCAGCGGCGCUCGGACAUGGUCGCACGGUUGCGGGACGACUGUGAGAAGCUUGCGAAGAUGGUCACUGUCGCGCGGAUGACCUCGCGUGGGCUGGGGUCGUCGGCGGAGCGCAACCCGGUAGCGUCCUCGGAUCGUGCGGCACUGCUGGAAAUGCCAAACUCAUCCACACCCUCGUCUUCGUCUGGCUUCAACAGACCAGUACGAGUAUUCGGCGCAGCCGCGAAGCCACAAGAGACGGAAGAGACACGGCCGCUGGAUGAUCACGGGGUGCUCCAACUGCAGCAAACACAAAUGGAUCACCAGGACCAACAGCUUUCUACGCUGACCACUAUCCUACAACGACAGCGACAGCUCGGCCUAGCCAUCCAUAGCGAAAUCUCACAGCAGAAUGAACUGCUCGACGAUCUCACCAAUGAGGUCGACCGCGUUGGUGGGAAGCUUACUUCUGCGAAGAAGCAAAUGAAUAGGCUGGGAUAAUGCGGCGAUAUCUAUUGGACAAUGCUUGCUGUAGUUUAUGACAUGUAGAUUCCACUCUACCAGGUUCCCG